CGUCACAUCUGCUCGACACAUCUUUGUCAGUGAACAAAAUGGCGACCUACUGUCUUACCGUUGCCCGGCUGCAGGUAGGUGACAGUUUUUCACACAUUAUAUUGCAUUUAUGUGCCAUCGAUGUAUGAGAAUUCACCCUCAAAUACAAGUGAAUGCACUUUGGAUGUGGACCUGAUGUCUUUAUAUGAUGUUUGUCUGAGAGAGUACGAUCAAAGUCUUGCCGACUUUUCAGGUCAUCUUGUCCAGUUGCCUCGAAGCUUCGUCAUGAACUCAAGUUUGUCAUUUCCACACAAAUAUAUGGCUUUUUAAAGCCAUUUGUAAUGUUGAAAAUUGGAAGAAUGUGGCCUACUGUAAGAUGUCAUUGCGCUCUAUAUGUCAUUUCAACCGAGGACACGUUUAUUGAUUGCAAGGUUAACGCAAGGUUAGGGCGCAUAGCAACCACACAGGGCGCUGGCAAGCACGACGCAGCCUGGCCAGUGAAAACAAUACGGUCAGAAUACUGUCCCUAAAUAGAGGUGUCAUUCGAAAGCAGUUUGUCAUACGAUUCUUGACUAUUUCUGAUCUUUUGUGUUUUUUAAAAAUCUCAAGUCAAAAUUGACUUAUUGGCAUUAUGCUGAAGUCUUGUUUAAAAAAAAAAAAAUCUUGCCAUUUUUAGAGCUGUUUGACGUUCAUAGAUCUGGUUUCCUCCCCAUACCUUUGAGUGACAGUACGUAUUUGGUGACACGGAAAGACAAAAUACCUGUUGAUUUCUGUAUGUCUCAGCUGUUGUAGAUGUCAGUUGUAUGACAGGGUUCAGGGAUUUUCAUUGAAGGACUCAUUUAGCGCUGAUUAUUGACUAAACAUUAGAAUUUUCCAGAUGUCCUCGUAUUUGACACUGGUAUGCUGGCAAUCACACAUGCAUACAUUCUCAAAUGCUUGUUUACCCCACAUUAUGCCAAUGAUAUGAUCUCAUCCGGUUCCAUACAAUUACACAGCUCCCAUCUAGAGGCACAGGAAGAGCUGUUUCACCUUGAGCUAGAAUGAGUCUAUGUGCUCAACAAGAAAAUGUUGAGGUUAUUUGCCACUCCCAUCCACAUACUGCUCUCUAUAUACACACUUGUGCAUAACUUUCUGUAAUAAACCCACCCUUCCCUUUUUAUGAUUUAUUUCUUUGCGGGUGCAGGCACUCUUUUUCAUCCAAGUUGACUACUCAUGGUCCUCUGUAGCUCAAUUGGUAGAGCAUGGCGCUUGUAACGCCAGGUUAGUGGGUUCGAUCCCUGGGACCACCCAUACGUAAAAAUGUAUGCGCACAUGACUGUAAGUCGCUUUGGAUAAAAGCGUCUGCUAAAUGGCUUAUUAUUAUUAUUAUUAUUAUUAUUAUUAUUAUUAUUAGUACACCACCCAAAGAGCUAUCUAAAUCUAGGCCCAAAUUAUUUUGAUGUACACUUUUUAUGUUGAAUUAUCUCUGUCCCCAGCUUGCCCUGGGCCAGGGUGUGCGGCGCUUGCACGUGUCUGCAGCCUUCAAUGCCAAGGCCAAAGUGUCAAUGAGCCGCUUUGAGCCCAGCAACUACGUGAACUAUGAGAAGCUCAAUGAAAAUGUUAACAUCGUGCGCAAGAGGUCAGUAUGCCCCUCUGUUUACACUAGAACAUGUCCCUGUUUCAUGCCAUGCUUAUUGAGAUAGCUUACAGGACAGGGUGGAAGGCCUGUUCUAGUGUGGUGCCAGUCUGUUUCUGACUUAGCCAACUUCAAUGUCUUGCCAAGGCAAUGAUGGGACUGUAACGCAGACUUUUUAUGUUCAGUGUCAACUGUACAAUUAGAGCUAUUUGUAGCCAUUUACACUCUCAGCACACUCUGCACUCCUCCCUUUCAGACUCAACCGUCCCCUCACCCUCUCAGAAAAGAUUGUGUACGGCCAUCUGGAUGACCCUGUGGGGCAGGACAUCGCCAGGGGCCGUACGUACCUGCGUCUGCAUCCGGACCGCGUGGCCAUGCAGGACGCCACAGCCCAGAUGGCCAUGCUGCAGUUCAUCAGCAGUGGCCUGCCCCAGGUGGCCGUGCCCUCCACCAUCCACUGCGAUCAUCUGAUCGAGGCCCAGAUCGGAGGAGCCAAGGACCUGGCGAGGGCAAAGGUGAGAAGUCAGGGGCAGGCCUCGAAUUUCCCGGCAACAGCGAUGGCCGUCUGCCCCCUUGUGUGGUCGUAAUGCCCCCUAAUAAAAUCCAUGCCUUGCGGUGAAAGUGGCUGACUAUAAUAAUCUCCCAGCUGCCAAUCGCUGUGCUCCGAAGCACCUUUCACACACAUGGCUCUCUCAGAUAUCUCAGUUCUUAUUGGCCAAUGUCCAUCACGUGAUCUGGUCCUUAUCACAGGCCUCGCAGCUCUGUAGUAGGCUACAAGUGAAGACCGACACAUCGGGGAUGCAACGGUGCGCAUCAUUCUUAUCUAAUUCCGAGGCGCACAUUGAAUAAGUUAGAACUGUCCACGUUUACUUUUCCUCAGUCAACAAGAUGAGUAACGAACAGCGACAACACUAGCCUAUGUCAAUCUACUAUUCCCCAUAGUACAAAAAUAUACCUUCUCUAUUGGUCAGCUUAAAUAUUCCAAACAGUAUCUGGGACAGUUGUGGGACGAUGGAUCCCAAAUUCAUACAACCACUGUACAUAAAAAACCUGUUUAAAAGCAGUUUGGCUGAUGCAACAGAUCAGAAUGUUUAGCUUUAAAAUGGUGAUAAACUAUUUCCUCACAGUAUAAGUGCAAACGGCAGUAGGCUAUACGUGCCAAUCUUCCAAAAUGCAAUUAGCGGGAAAAUGUGACGAAGAUGAAAAUAUCCUUUAGAAAGAAGGAAGAUCAAAAGCUGCAACAACGAGCAUGGGCUGUUAAUAUGACUAGGAUUGUGUCUUUGGCUGCUGGACAAUGAAAGAAUGUUGAACAUGAGAGAAAUAGCCUACUGGAUUCAAUGGUAUGAGGAAGGGUUUAUAAAAGAAUUCCCUCAACAUUCCUAUGGCCAGAAUUUGACUAGGCUACUUUAAAGUAAGGUAAGACAUGCCUCAUAAAAUAAAAAGUCCAGGUUUUAAACAAUUACGUUUAUGGUUCCAAAAUUCUGACUGACUCCGCUCAGAUUGAAAGGUGGGUGAUGUUGUGGUGCGCAACAGGCACUGGCCUUUCCUAUCUGAAUGAACAGUGCCUCGUAUGUUGACAGAAUCAAGCCUUUAGACGUUAAUAUGAAUUAUCCUACAUAUUUUCCAUUAAAAGUCUCAUUAACGUUUGGCUACAUUUUCUGGCGCCUCCCUCAUGUCAGCAUCAGUGUGGACAGAGGCUGUAGCCAAUACACAUAGCCUAUCAUCUACACUUUGACAUGUAGGCAAAUUAUAUAUGUACAUGUUUUCUUAACAGAAUAGCUGGAGUUUUUUUGGUUUUCAAAUGCAUUUUAUUGGCUAUUUUGGUUAAUGACCUUGGUGUGCUAGCAGAUUGGGCACCUUGAAGGCCAAAUGGCCUUGCCCCUAAAAUCAUGAAGUUCCAGGCCUGAUCAGGGAAGGCCUGGACAGGGGGAUGGAGGCAGGUAGCCUAGCUGUUAAGAGCUUUGGGCCAGUAACCGAAAGGUCGCUGGUUCAAAUCCCAGAGCUGGCUAGGUGAGCAAUCUGCCGAUGUGCCCUUGAGCAAGGCACUUAACCCUAAUUGUUCAUGUACGUCACUCUGGAUAAGAGCGUCUGCUAAAUGACUAAAAUGUAAAAUCGUCAGGCCUGGGGGAUGGAGGCAGGACUAGAGAAUAAACUACCGGUAAUAAUAUUUGUCCUUUUCUCUUGGUCCUUAGGAUAUUAAUGCGGAGGUGUAUAACUUUCUGGCCAGUGCUGGAGCUAAAUAUGGAGUGGGCUUCUGGAAACCAGGCUCUGGCAUAAUCCAUCAGGUACAGUAACAAGGCUACUCUGAAAUUACACUUUUGAAGGCACAAAAGUUGCUGGUAAUGCACUCACUUGAUUAUAGACAAGAUGUCCUUAUAGAAUUACAUUCCUAUAAAAAUUGUAUGAAUGUAUGUCCAGAUUUUCAUUAUACGUUCACAUAAGAUAUUGCACAUUUAUAAUGAAGAGCUAUCUGUUUGCAGUACCAUAUCUGACUAUUAUAUCUCACCCAUUCAGAUCAUCCUGGAGAACUAUGCCUACCCAGGGGUGUUGCUGAUUGGCACAGACUCUCACACACCCAAUGGUGGCGGACUGGGCUCCAUCUGCAUUGGAGUGGGAGGGGCUGAUGCUGUUGAUGUCAUGGCUGGCAUCCCCUGGGAGCUCAAGUGUCCCAAGGUAAGUGAUUCACAGUUUAUAUUUAAAACACCUUUUUCCGAAGUCCCAGUAAUAUAGUACAGUGGUAUAAUGCAUUUCUACAACUGAUACUACAUAAACUUCACUUAACCAUGUUCUCCUCCUGUCCCCUGUCAGGUUAUUGGGGUGAAGCUGACAGGCAAGCUGUCAGGGUGGACAUCCCCCAAGGAUGUGAUCCUUAAGGUAGCUGGGAUUCUGACAGUGAAGGGAGGUACUGGAGCCAUUGUGGAGUACCAUGGACCUGGGGUGGACUCCAUCUCCUGCACAGGUCAGAGAGAGGGAGGACUUGUUUACUACUGCACACUUCAUAGGGGUUAUGCCGUCAAUAAGACAGUUCAUAAUCUAUCUAGGAUGGUGACCAGCUGACCACUGCUAAUCUCUGGUCUAAUGUACUGUACUUCUGUUUUUCUAUGUAUGGUGUGAGGAGCACAAUCAUCAAUCAAGUGUUUACUAUCAAGCCACAUUGUAGUACAUUUUGUGUUGUAGAAAUGCCCGUAGUAACCUACAGCCUAUUGUGUGUUUUAGGAAUGGCCACUAUCUGCAACAUGGGGGCUGAGAUUGGAGCCACUACCUCUGUGUUCCCCUACAACCACCGCAUGAAGACCUACCUGGAGAAGACUGGUCGUGGAGGUCAGUCAGUUCAUGUCAUCAAACACGUCUGUGUGUGUGUGAUGUGCAAUGAUCUCUCAGGUUAUGUGCUGAAUAUGUUUGGAAGUUCUGUGAUUGCAUCCCAAAUGGCACCCUAUUCCCUAUAUAAUACACUAUAAAGGGAAUAGGGUGCCAUUUUGGACGCUCACCUGGAAGGUUUGUCAUUUCUUUCAAAGAGAUGUUUGAUCCAUUUAUCCGACCCGUUGCCCUCCCUCUCAUCUCAGACAUUGCUGCCCUGGCUGACGAUUACGCUGACCUGCUGGUUCCUGACACGGGCUGUGAGUAUGACUCGAUGGUCGAGAUCAACCUAGAUGAGGUGAGUGCCCUCCCCUGCUCUUUCUUCUCUCUCUCUCACACACACACACACACACACACACACACACAACCUAAACAUGCUACCGUUCUCUGUCCCUCCUAGCUGAAGCCCCACAUCAACGGGCCCUUCACCCCCGACCUGGCCCACUCCAUGGCAGACAUCGGGGCCACUGCAGUGAAAAAUGGCUGGCCCCUGGAGGUCAAAGUGGGUCAGUGCAGCCUUCAGAUCCUUUUGACAUCACAGCUGGCCAUCACAGCCAUCUCUCUGUUUAGACCUUAAAUAGCUAUUUAAGGGAACACUAAAAUAACACAUCCUAUAUCUGAAUGAAUGAAAUAAUCUUAUUAAAUACUUUUUUCUUUACAUAGUUGAAUGUGCUGACAACAAAAUCACACAAAAAUGAUCAAUGGAAAUCAAAUGUAUCAACCCAUGGAGGUCUGGAUUUCACCCUCAAAAUUAAAGUGGAAAACCACACUACAGGCUGAUCCAACUUUGAUGUAAUGUCCUUAAAACAAGUCAAAAUGAGGCUCAGUAGUGUGUAUGGCCUCCACGUGCCUGUAUGACCUCCCUACAACGCCUGGGCAUGCUCCUGAUGAGGUGGCGGAUGGUCUCCUGAAGGAUCUCCUCCCAGACCUGGACUAAAGCAUCCGCCAACUCCUGGACAGUCUGUGGUGCAACGUGGCGUUAGUGGAUGGAGCGAGACAUGAUGUCCCAGAUGUGCUCAAUUGGAUUCAGGUCUGGGGAACGGGCGGGCCAGUCCAUAGCGUCAAUGCCUUCCUCUUGCAGGAACUGCUGACACACUCCAGCCACAUGAGGUCUAGCAUUGUCUUGGAACCCAGGGCCAACCGCACCAGCAUAUGGUCUCACAAGGGGUCUGAGGAUCUCAUCUCGGUACCUAAUGGCAGUCAGGCUACCUCUGGCGAGCACAUGGAGGGCUGUGCGGCCCCCCAAAGAAAUGCCACCCCACACCAUGACUGACCCACCGCCAAACCGGUCAUGCUGGAGGAUGUUGCAGGCAGCAGAACGUUCUCCACAGCGUCUCCAGACUCUGUCACAUGUGCUCAGUGUGAACCUGCUUUCAUCUGUGAAGAGCACAGGGCGCCAGUGGCGAAUUUGGCCAAUCUUGGUGUUCUCUGGCAAAUGCCAAACGUCCUGCACGGUGUUGGGCUCUAAGCACAACCCCCACCUGUGGACGUCGGGCCCUCAUACCACCCUCAUGGAGUCUGUUUCUGACCGUUUGAGCAGACACAUGCACAUUUGUGGCCUGCUGGAGGUCAUUUUGCAGGGCUCUGGCAGUGCUCCUCCUGCUCCUCCUUGCACAAAGGCGGGGCUAGCAGUCCUGCUGCUGGGUUGUUGCCCUCCUACGGCCUCCUCCACGUCUCCUGAUGUACUGGCCUGUCUCCUGGUAGCGCCUCCAUGCUCUGGACACUACGCUGACAGACACAGCAAACCUUCUUGCCACAGCUCGCAUUGAUGUGCCAUCCUGGAUGAGCUGCACUACCUGAGCCACUUGUGUGGGUUGUAGACUCCGUCUCAUGCUACCACUAGAGUGAAAGCACCGCCAGCAUUCAAAAGUGACUAAAACAUCAGCCAGGAAGCAUAGGAACUGAGAAGUGGUCUGUGGUCACCACCUGCAAAACCAGUCCUUUAUUGGGGGUGUCUUGCUAAUUGCCUAUCAUUUCCACCUGUUGUCUAUUCCAUUUGCACAACAGCAUGUGAAAUUUAUUGUCAAUCAGUGUUGCUUCCUAAGUGGACAGUUUGAUUUCACAGAAGUGUGAUUGACUUGGAGUUACAUUGUGUUGUUUAAGUGUUCCCUUUAUUUUUUUGAGCAGUGUAUAUUAUGAAUAUCUAUAAACUAUACAUAUCUGGCUUUAGCCUUAUAUACUGAACUAUAGAUUUUCUAUUGAGAAAGACAUACAGCAGGUGGCUCGUUAAGCUCUCUGUCCCCUCCCCUCAGGUCUGAUUGGCAGCUGCACCAACUCCAGUUAUGAGGACAUGGGCCGCUCUGCCUCUGUGGCCAAACAGGCCCUGGACAAAGGGCUGAAGUGCAAGGCUGCAUUCACCAUCACCCCCGGGUCUGAACAGAUCCGCGCCACAAUCGAGCGAGAUGGAUAUGUGAGUCCCUGGGCACGGGCAGAUGUCUAGGAUAGGCAUGUCUUACCCCUAACAAAUCAGGGCAACAGGAUAACUGUUGUAGAAUAUUGUUGACAUCCUCCUAAGAAUCAAGGAUGUUAACAUUGGCUCUGCGCUCUAUUUUAAGGGCAUCAUAAGUAGCCAAUUUGGAAUUUAAACUCUGGAUGUUGAUAUCUUCAGCAGGAACUACUACUACUAGCUGCUCCUAACUGAAGCUGUAUGUUGUUCUGUAGUCCAAGAUCCUCGGUGACGUUGGUGGAAUGGUCCUGGCCAAUGCCUGUGGACCCUGCAUUGGACAGUGGGACAGGUAAUACUGAGUUGACAUACUCAUUCAUGUUAAGGGCUUUUGGGGGGACUGUAUUACCAGCAAUCAUGAGUCAUGACUGCAUUAAAAUUCAAUGUGACCGCUGAGUCACUGUAAUCUCCUUUUAUGCAGUCUGUACAUGUGUUAGUAGUAGCCAACUCAUUAACUAUCAUCAGGUUGCUAAUGGCCUGGCACUCAGGGCUCUACUGUCCCUCUAACCACUCUGACAUCAAUGCAAAUUAAAUCGAAAAUCACAUCAAACACUUUUAAAACUCACCUCACUGUGAUUGAUCAAUUUGAAGUUCAACAGGUUGAAACUGAGUGGAAAACACGGUCGUUGUGUAUGUUUCAAAGGCUAACCCAAUGAAAUGGACAGUGUUUUCUAAGGUGAUGAUUAAUUCAAAACAGCCAUAUGCAUAUUAGAGCUUAUGCAUAAGCAUAGGCCUAUAUAUGAGCCCAAGACCCCCAAAAAUAAAAAACCUGAAUUAAAAUAAUGAUUGUAUCUUUAUACAAUACAUAGCCUACCGCAUAAUAUACUUGGCAGAAAAACAUACAAUUGAAGUCGGAAGUGUACAUACACCUUAGCCAAAUACAUUUAAACUCAGUUUUUCACAAUUCCUGACAUUUUAAUCCUAGUACAAAUUCCCCGUCUUAGGUCAGUUAGUAUCACCACUUUAUUUUAAGAAUGUGAAAUGUCAGAAUAAUAGUAGAGUGAUUUUAUUUAAGCUUUUAUUUCUUUCAUCACAUUCCCAGUGGGUCAGAAGUUUACAUGCACUCAAUAAGUAUUUGGUAGCAUUGCCUUUAAAUUGUUUAACUUUGGGUCAAAUGUUUCGGGUAGCCUUCCACAAGCUUCCCACAAUAAGUUGGGUGAAUUUUGGCCCAUUCCUCCUGACAAAGCUGGUGUAACUCAGUCAGGUUUGUAGGCCUCCUUGCUCGCACACGCUUUUUCAGUUCUGCCCAAAAUGUUCUAUAGGAUUGAGGUUAGGGCUUUGUGAUGGCCACUCCAAUACCUUGACUUUGUUGUCCUUAAGCCAUUUUGCCACAACUUUGGGAGUGUGCUUGGGGUCAUUGUCCAUUUGGAAGACCCAUUUGCGACCAAGCUUUAACUUCCUGACUGAUGUCUUGAGAUGUUGCUUCAAUAUAUCCACAUAAUUUUCCUUCCUCAUGAUGCCAUCUAUUUUGUGAAGUGCACCAGUCCCUCCUGCAGCAAAGCACCCCCACAGCAUGAUGCUGCCACCCCCGUGCUUCACCGUUGGGAUGGUGUUCUUCGGCUUGCAAGCGUUCCCCUUUUUCCUCCAAACAUAACCAUGGUCAUUAUGGCCAAACAGUUCUAUUUUUGUUUCAUCAGACCAGAGGACAUUUCUCCAAAAAGUAUGAUCUUUGUUCCCAUGUGCAGUUGCAAACUGUAGUCUGGCUUUUUUAUGGUGGUUUUGGAGCAAUAGCGCAUAGGACUCGUUUUACUGUGGAUAUAGACGCUGUUGUUCUGGGAUUGAUUUGCACUUUUCGCACCAAAGUACGUUCAUCUCUAGGAGACAACGCGUCUCCUUCCUGAGCGGUGUGACAGCUGCGUGGUCCCAUGGCGUUUAUUCUUGCGUACUAUUGUUUGUACAGAUGAACGUGGUACCUUCAGGCGUUUGGAUAUUGCUUCCAAGGAUGAACCAGACUUGUUGAGGUGUACACAUUUUUUUCUGAAGUCUUGGCUCAUAUCUUUUGAUUUUCCCAUGAUGUCAAGCAAAGAGGCACUGAGUUUGAAGGUAGGCCUUGAAAUACAUCCACAGGUGUACACCUCCAAUUGACUCAAAUGAUGUCAAUUAGCCUAUCAGAAGCUUCUAAAGCCAUGACAUAAUUUUCUGGAAUUUUCCAAGCUGUUUAAAGGCACAGUCAACUUAGUGUACAGUGGGGAAAAAAAGUAUUUAGUCAGCCACCAAUUGUGCAAGUUCUCCCACUUAAAAAGAUGAGAGAGGCCUGUAAUUUUCAUCAUAGGUACACGUCAACUAUGACAGACGACAGUGAGAAUUUUUUCCAGAAAAUACAUUGUAGGAUUGUUAAUGAAUUUAUUUGCAAAUUAUGGUGGAAAAUAAGUUAUUUGGUCAAUAACAAAGUUUCUCAAUACUUUGUUAUACCCUUUGUUGGCAAUGACACAGGUCAAACGUUUCUGUAAGUCUUCACAAGGUUUUUCACACAUGUUGCUGGUAAUUUGGCCCAUUCCUCCAUGCGAUAUCUCUUAGAGCAGUGAUGUUUUGGGGCUGUCGUGGGCAACACAGACUUUCAACUUCCUCCAAAGAUUUUCAAUGGGGUUGAGAUCUGGAGAUUGGCUAGGCCACUCCAGGGGACCUUGAAAUGCUUCUACGAAGCCACUCCUUCGUUGCCGGGCGGUUGUGUUUGGGAUCAUUGUCAUGCUGAAAGACCCAGCCACGUUUAAUCUUCAAUGCCCUUGCUGAUGGAAGGAGGUUUUCACUCAAAAUUUCACGAUACAUGGCCCCAUUCAUUCUUUCCUUUACACGGAUCAGUCGUCCUGGUCCCUUUGAAGAAAAACAGCCCCAAAGCAUGAUGUUUCCACCCCCAUGCUUCACAGUAGGUAUGGUGUUCUUUGGAUGCAACUCAGCAUUCUCUGUCCUCCAAACACGACGAGUUGAGUUUUUACCAAAAAGUUAUAUUUUGGUUUCAUCUGACCAAAUGACAUUCUCCCAAUCCUCUUCUGGAUCAUCCAAAUGCACUCUAGCAAACUUCAGACGGGCCUGGACAUGUACUGGCUUAAGCAGGGGGACACGUCUUGCACUGCAGGAUUUGAGUCCCUGGCGGCGUAGUGUGUUACUGAUGGUAGGCUUUGUUACUUUGGUCCCAGCUCUCUGCAGGUCAUUCACUAGGUCCCCCAGUGUGGUUCUGGGAUUUUUGCUCACCGUUCUUGUGAUCAUUUUGACCCCACGGGCCUCUCAUCUUUUUAAGUGGGAGAACUUGCACAAUUGGUGGCUGACUAAAUACUUUUUUUCCCCACUGUAUGUAAACUUCUGACCCACUGGAAUUGUGAUACAGUGAAAUAAUCUGUCUGUAAACAAUUGUUGGAAAGGUUACUUGUGUCAUGCACAAAGUAGAUGUCUUAACCAACUUGCCAAAACUAUAGUUUGUUAACAAGAAAUUUGUGGAGUGGUUGAAAAACAAGUUUUAAUGACUCCAACCUAAGUGUAUGUAAACAUCUGACUUCAACUGUGUGUAUAUAUGUGUGUGUAUGUACAUAAAGUGAGGGGGAAAAGAAUUUGAUCCCCUGCUGAUUUUGUACGUUUGCCCACUGACAAAGAAAUGGUCAGUCUAUAAUUUUAAUGGUAGGUUUAUUUGAACAGUGAGAGACAGAAUAACAACAAAAAAAUCCAGAAAAACGCAUGUCAAAAAUGUUAUAAAUUGAUUUGCAUUUUAAUGAGGGGAAAAGUGUUUGACCCCUCUGCAAAACAUGACUUAGUACUUGGUGGCAAAACCCUUGUUGGCAAUCACAGAGGUCAGACGUUUCUUGUAGUUGGCCACCAGGUUUGCACACAUCUCAGGAGGGAUUUUGUCCCACUCCUCUUUGCAGAUCUUCUCCAAGUCAUUAAGGUUUCGAGGCUGACUUUUGGCAACUCGAACCUUCAGCUCCCUCCACAGAUUUUCUAUGGGAUUAAGUUCUGGAGACUGACUAGGCCACUCCAGGACCUUAAUGUGCUUCUUCUUGAGCCACUCCUUUGUUGCCUUGGCCGUGUGUUUUGGGUCAUUGUCAUGCUGGAAUACCCAUCCACGACCCAUUUUCAAUGCCCUGGCUGAGGGAAGGAGGUUCUCACCCAAGAUUUGACAGUACAUGGCCCUGUCCAUUGUCCCUUUGAUGCGGUGAAGUUGUCCUGUCCCCUUAGCAGAAAAACACCCCCAAAGCAUAAUGUUUCCACCUCCAUGUUUGACGGUGGGGAUGGUGUUCUUGGGGUCAUAGGCAGCAUUCCUUCUCCUCCAAACACGGCGAGAUGAGUUGAUGCCAAAGACCUUGAUUUUGGUCUCAUCUGACCACAACACUUUCACCCAGUUCUCCUCUGAAUCAUUCAGAUGUUCAUUGGCAAACUUCAGACGGGCCUGUAUAUGUGCUUUCUUGAGCAGGGGGACCUUGCGGGCGCUGCAGGAUUGAAGUCCUUCACGGCGUAGUAUGUUACCAAUUGUUUUCUUGGUGACUAUGGUCCCAGCUGCCUUGAGAUCAUUGACAAGAUCCUCCCGUGUAGUUCUGGGCUGAUUCCUCACCGUUCUCAUGAUCAUUGCAACUCCACGAGGUGAGAUCUUGCAUGGAGCCGCAGGCCGAGGGAGAUUAACAGUUAUUUUGUGUUUAUUCCAUUUGCGAAUAAUCGCACCAACUGUUGUCACCUUCUCACCAAGCUGCUUGACAAUGGCCUUGUAUCCCAUUCCAGCCUUGUGUAGGUCUACAAUCUUGUCCCUGACAUCCUUGGAGAGCUCUUUGGUCUUGGCCAUGGUGGAGAGUUUGGAAUCUGAUUGAUUGCUUCUGUGGACAGGUGUCUUUUAUACAGGUAACAAACUGAGAUUAGGAGCACUCCCUUUAAGAGUGUGCUCCUAAUCUCAGCUCGUUACCUGUAUAAAAGACACCUGGGAGCCAGAAAUCUUUCUGAUUGAGAGGGGGUCAAAUACUUAUUUCCCUCAUUAAAAUGCAAAUCAAUUUAUAACAUUUUUGACAUGCGUUUUUCUGGAUUUUGUUGUUGUUAUUCUGUCUCUCACUGUUCAAAUAAACCUACCAUUAAAAUUAUAGACUGACCAUUUCUUUGUCAGUGGGCAAACGUACAAAAUCAGCAGGGGAUCAAAUACUUUUUUCCCUCACUGUACAUGUGUCACGUAAAGAGAGCAAGGGUUGAGGGAGUAGGGAAUGUUUUUUUCCUAAACAAGUGAGGGAUUUCGGUAACAACUUUUCAGUCAGAAAUGGCUGUAAUUAUUUUGCUGGUUCAGCUACAUGGACAGCGUAAUAAACACUGUUGAUGUUUUGUGGUGGUCGCUGCAGCAAGGGGGAGAGACAACAGGUGCUAGACACAGCGCAGCAAGUCUGAGCCUGCCCAGCAUAAUCAAAUCAACUGCGGUCGGAAUAGCUCUAGUCGUGUGUCUUUUUAAUUAUUUCAUCAAACAGUGCACUUAAAGCAUCAGACAAGCUCAGUGCAUAUAGCUGAUUUGAUUAAAACACAUAGGAUGUGUCUAUGAAAAUUACACCUUUUAAAUUUUUUACCAAUUGAUUGGUCAAAAGAACAGACUACUCUCGGUCGACCAAGAUUAUUAUUAUUAUUAUUUAAUUUUGUAUGUACAUGUUCCAAAGGCGCGCAUCAGCAGCUUUUAUGUGUGGAGGCCUGGCGAUGCUAAACGUGUUUAUGUUAAUUAACGUCAAUUACCGUGAGACGGGCAGUCUUUUGCAUGACAACCAGCUGACACAUUUCAUGACUGCCACAGCCCUAUUCAUGUUCAUUCUGUUAUUCAUUUGGGCUUAAAUCUCCUAUUCAAAAUGUCCUGAAGAUACUGUCUGUGUAUCAAAUGGCAUCCUAUUCCCUAUGUAGUGCACUGCUUUUGACCAUGGCCCAUAGGGCUUUGGUCAAAAGUAGUGCACUAUAUAGGGAAUAGGGUGCCAUUUGGGACAAAGUGUUAAGUUGAUGUUUCUGUUCAGGCGUGAUGUGAAGAAGGGAGAGAAGAACACCAUCGUCACAUCUUACAACAGGAACUUCACCGCCAGGAACGACGCCAACCCAGCCACACACGCCUUUGUCGCCUCCCCUGAGGUACUGUUAGGACGCUGAAUACACCCAGCUUUGCUGACUCUUUCUCUCUUUUCUCACUCGCAUAGAAAUAUUAUACACUUGCACACUGGUACACACACACACCUCUCUCCCUUGUCCUCUCCUCCUCCAGAUCGUCACAGCCCUGGCCAUUGCAGGAACCCUGGAUUUCAACCCUGAGGUUGAUUACCUCACUGCCGCCAACGGAGAGAAGUUCAAGCUGGAGCCCCCCAGUGCAGACGAGCUUCCCAAGUUGGAUUUUGACCCCGGUCAGGACACCUACCAGCACCCCCCUGCCGAGGGUGGCUCCAAGCUGAGGGUGGACGUCAGCCCCACCAGCACCCGGCUGCAGCUGCUGGAGCCCUUCGACAAGUGGGCCGGAGGUGACCUGGAGGACCUGCAAGUCCUCAUCAAGGUCAGGGGUCAAAGGACAAACUGGGGUCGGUUCAGGAGGGUGCAACGUUACAGAACGUUCAGAUAUAAAUGUAUUUUGUAACUGAAGACUCAUUGAAGGAUCAUUUCCAGUCAACCUUACUCUUCUCCUUUUCCCAUUCCACAAUUUGCGCUCUCUCUCCAGGUAAAGGGGAAAUGCACCACAGACCACAUCAGCGCCGCUGGUCCCUGGCUCAAGUUCCGUGGUCACCUUGACAACAUCUCCAACAACAUGCUAAUUGGAGCAGUCAACAUCGAGAACGACGGCGUCAACAAGAUCAAGAACCAGCUGACGGGAGAGUACGGCGGUGUGCCUGAUGUCGCCCGCCAUUACAAGGUAAGCGCCCCAGAUGAUGAAAAUGACCCUUGACCCCUAUCUCAAACCACAUCCUCACUUGAGAUCAACCAGGGUACUUUUUGCUCAAAUUUCCCUUUGAAAGUCUGUUGUUUGUGUCUCUAGUUAAGAUUCAGCCCUUUUUAUAGAUUUUUCUAAGAGUGCUUGAUAUCGAUUUAAGCAUUUGGCCAUCAGUGUAAGAAACUGCAAUUGAUUAGGGAUUUUAAGUUUCCUUUUACUCUCCUCACCUUCCUCCUCUGUCCCAGGCCAACGGUCUGUCGUGGGUGGUUGUGGGAGAUGACAACUACGGUGAGGGAUCCAGCAGAGAGCAUGCGGCCCUGGAGCCCAGACACCUGGGAGGAAGAUGCAUCAUUGUCAAGAGCUUCGCCAGGAUCCACGGUAACUUAUGUACAGGCCAAAAGUGACAGAUUGUGUAUGCGCAUGCGUUGCUUCCCUCACCAACUUCAUUUUCAACAUCCACCCAACUAACCUUUUUUCUUUGCUCCUCACUGCAGAGACGAAUCUGAAGAAACAGGGAAUGCUGCCCCUGACCUUCCAGAACCCUGCUGACUACGACAAGAUCCGCCCAGACGACAAGAUCUCCAUCAAAGGACUUGCAACCUUCGCCCCAGGAAAGGUGAGUGGCACUUAAACCAAUCUGUAGGUUUUUGUUCCAGCUCAUCAUGAACAAACCGUAUUUAACUAAUCAUGGUCUAAAUGAAAGACUGUCCAGGAUCAGAAUCGCCCACCUCCAGUGUAGGGGCUGGGACUUAGUUUCCAGAUAGCUAAGGUUCAUAUAGUUUUUCACUAAUCCACCAUGUAUGUAUAUCUAACGGUGAAUCCCUGUCCCUCCAGCCCCUGUCUACGGUAGUGAAGCACAGUGACGGCACCAAAGAUGAGUUCCAGCUGAACCACACCUUCAACGAGACACAGAUCGAAUGGUUUCAGGCCGGCUCGGCCCUCAACAGGAUGAAGGAGCUCCAGUAACUUGAGAAAGAGAGGGAAGAAGAGCUACGGAUACAGGGGGAGGGGUUGAGAGGAAAGGGGACAUGGGUCAGGCAGAGAGGGGGCAGGUUUGCUGUGUUUUAAAGAUAUGGGAUGUCUCAAUAGUCUUGAAUGGCUUCCUCCCGCUCCUUAUGUUUGUUACCACUGAUCUGUAAGGUGAAAGUAAAUUAAUGAUGACUCUAUCCACUCCGUUUAACCAAUCAGUGAUCAGGGAAAGGAGCAGAGGAGAGGAAGCCAUUUAAAGAGUUUUGAGCCGUUGUAAAGAAUAAAAGCCACACCCCUCCAAUAUGAUGAUUCCGGUCCAGUACAAUCAUCAACCGCUGCAUGUGACAUCCACUGCCCCGCACUGUAUAGACAAGUCAAACACGAACCACAUAACUUUUCAUAUGUAAGAAACACAUGUCAAACCUUGCAGUACAGAUAGCAGGAGUGCAUACACACAAAACGGGUACUACUGUACAGUUGUUUAUGGUACUGUGAGCUGCUGUGGUAGACCGAUAAGUAACUGUCAGUCAGGCAUGAAUGUUGGCUCACAGAUACUUUAUACAAAGGGAAGCUUACCGUUGAGUGUCACACAUACAAACCAACAUGCUCUACUUUGAGCAGAACGGUAACCUAACACACUGCCAACUGCAGCUCCUCCUGUUAUCACAGCUGUUCAAACUGAUUGGUGAGGCUUGAAGUCUCUGUCAGUCCGUUCUGUAGUCACUCACCUUGUCUCUGAGUUGCACUAGUCUAGCACUGUAUCUGUUGUAUGCUGCACAAGCUAUCUGCUUUAGUGAUUGUGUGAUCAAGUGGCUGCUUUGUCCUUUCUGCUCUAUCCACACACAUCAUACCAUGUGUUUUGUUAAUUUUGUUGUAGAUUCUCAAAAACACAAAGAAUAGAAUACACUUGCUGGUUAAUACAAGGCAAAUUGACUUGUCUAUAUAUAUAUAUAUAUAUAUA